GUCUAGAGGCGCUGAGGAGGGGGUUGCGGCUGGGAAUGACUCGAUUCUGCCUUUCUUGACUACGCCGUCGGUUGUGAGAGAUAUGAUGGAGAUCCUAGAUAAAAUUCAUGAGCUUCGAGGUCAGACGGCUUUGCGCCGCGUCGGCAGUGAUGGUUUCGAGGCUCAGAAGCCGGUAAACCACGGUGGCAGUGAUGAUGAGAUUCCUAGGAUACAGUACUGGGGACUCUCGUACGGGAGCAUUCUAGGAUUCGGUCGGGCAUUGCGCGUUGUCAGUGCCGAGCAGUUGUAUGGAGGGUAUUUUGCAGGAGUAUUUGGAGUUUGGUAUGGAGUCCUUGAGGAUGUUUUCUGUUGAGGACUACUCCUGGCCUCUGAGGUUUAUAUAAAUUUGAAAGUUGUUGACAGUGGCGACUGUGGCCUUCCGGCCCCAUGGAAAAAGGG